AUGAAGUCGCGGAACAUCAGGACCCUCUUUCUCGCGCUCUCCAUCGUCUGCUACCUGCUCCUGGGAGCCGUCGUCUUCGACGCGCUGGAGUCGGACGGCGAGAGCUCGAGGAAAAGGGCGCUGGAGCAGAAGCUGCACGAGCUGAAGGAGAAGUACGGCUUCACCGAGGACGACUACGGGGACAUGGAGAAGGUGGCCCUCCAGUGGGAGCCGCACCGCGCCGGGAGGCAGUGGAAGUUUGCCGGCUCUUUUUAUUUCGCCAUCACUGUCGUCACAACCAUCGGUUACGGCCACGCUGCCCCACGCACUGUCGCCGGCAAGGCCUUCUGUAUGUUUUACGCAGUCUUGGGCAUCCCUCUGACCCUGGUCAUGUUCCAGAGCCUCGGCGAGAGGAUAAACACCGCCGUGCGCCACCUCCUGCGCAGAGCCAAGCGCGGCCUGGGUUUACGGGAGACCGGGGUGUCCCUGGGGGACAUGGUCCUGGCGGGUCUGCUGUCGUGCAUGAGCACGCUGUGCCUCGGAGGCGCGGCCUUCUCCUACUUUGAGGACUGGACCUUCUUUAAUUCCUACUACUACUGCUUCGUCACGCUCACCACCAUUGGAUUUGGGGACUUUGUGGCCCUGCAGCAGACCGAUGCCCUCCAGAAGCGACACUCCUAUGUGGUGUUCAGCUUCGUGUACAUUUUGGUUGGGCUGACGGUCAUUGGCGCUUUUCUGAACCUGGUGGUCCUGAGGUUUCUCACCGUCAGCACUGACGGGCCUACGGACACGCGGGAGGAGUCCGGGGCGGAGGCGGAAGGUUCCGUCGUCGGCUACGCAGACGGCGAAGACGGCCACGGCAGCCUGUGCAACCUGAGCCUUCCCAUGGAGGGGGGCACUAGCUCGCUGAAUCUCCUCGCCUCUCCCCUGGAGGAGCCCGGCCUCCUUUCAUCCGAGCGGCCGAAGCUCUCGGAGCCCCGCGGAAUCAGGGCCCUGUUGUUGUCCUGCGCGUGCUGUGGCGCGGACGCUCGCGAGAGCCCUCGGGCGCCGCGCGGCGACCCGGCGGGCGGCCACAGCAACCCCGUCUUCUACAACUCCAUCUCCUACAGGGUGGACCGGGCCUCCCGCAGCGCGUCGCCACAGGCCUCCCCCAGCAGCCCAGCUACCAGGAGGAUGUCACUAUGA